AUGUCUUCUGCCUCCCCCGCCACGGACGACAUCGUGAUCGCGGUAGAGAUCAAGGAGGAAAAUGUGAUGGAAAUGCUCUCCGAAGCCCCCGACGGGCCCGCGCCGCCGCCCCCUCCCGCCGCUGCCCAGUUCCCCAUGGAGCAUGCAGGCUCCGCUGCCGCCGGCGAGGAGGGAGCCGCGGAACAGGUACUGCUCCACACGGAACUCCUGGCCAGGAAUCACCACGCUGCCUCCUCUCCCUCCUCUUCAUCUUCUUCUUCCUCCUCCUCCUCCUCGCAGACCCCCUUGGCUUUCUCGCCGGACCACGUCGCCUGCGUGUGCGAGGCGCUGCAGCAAGGUGGGAACCUGGACCGCCUGGCCAGGUUCCUGUGGUCUUUGCCCCCGAGUGAUCUGCUACGUGGCAACGAGAGCCUGAUGAAAGCCCGGGCGCUGGUGGCUUUUCACCAGGGCAUCUACGCCGAGCUCUACAGCAUCCUGGAGAGCCACAACUUCGACUCCUCCAACCACCCGCUGCUGCAGGAGCUCUGGUACAAAGCUCGCUACACCGAGGCGGAGCGAGCCCGGGGCAGACCCUUGGGGGCGGUGGACAAGUACAGGUUGCGGAGGAAAUACCCCCUGCCCAGGACCAUCUGGGACGGCGAGGAGACGGUCUACUGCUUCAAGGAGAAGUCCCGCAACGCGCUCAAGGAGCUCUACAAGCAGAACCGAUACCCCUCGCCCGCCGAGAAGCGCAACCUGGCCAAGAUCACCGGGCUGUCCCUCACCCAGGUCAGCAACUGGUUCAAGAACCGCAGGCAGCGGGACCGCAACCCUUCCGAGACCCAGUCCAAAAGCGAGUCAGAUGGCAACCCUAGCACAGAAGAUGAAUCCAGUAAGGGGCGGGAGGAUUUAUCUCCCCAUCCACUCUCCAGCUCAUCCGACGGCGUUACCAGCCUCAGCCUUCCCGGCCACAUGGAGCCUGUCUACAUGCAGCAGCUUGGAAACACUAAAAUAGCCUUGAGCUCGUCCGGCGUCUUGUUGAAUGGGAACCUCAUGCCUGCCAGUACCUCUCCUGUCUUCCUCAAUGGUAGCUCGUUUCUUCAGGGACCCAACAGUGUCAUACUCAAUGGACUCAGCGUGGGCACUUCGCAGACUGUUACCUUAAAUUCGCCCAAAACUGCGGCCAGCGUCGUGAGCAACGGCGUGUCCAUCACUGACAUACUGUCCUCAUCGUCCUCAGAAGAUGUCAAAGACUUCAAACUCCUUCAGGCCUCGGUCCCCAAUGCCACAGCAGCCUUCAGCCCUAGCAACAUCCCAGUCACUUUCCCGGGAUUGAUACCGAGCUCAGAGGUGAAAAGGGAAGGCGUGGAAACUGCUGCUUCCCAGGAUGGAGGCUCCGUGGUUACUUUUACUGCUCCUGUCCAAAUAAACCAGUAUGGCAUUGUCCAGAUCCCCAAUUCAGGAACAAAUGGCCAGCUGCUGAACGGAAGCAUUGGUUUUUCUUCUCUGCAGCUGCCUCCAGUUUCUGUGGCAGCUUCACAAGGUAAUGUUUCAGCAAACCCCAGCACAUCUGAUGGAGGAACUUUCACGACAGAAUCUUCAACAGUGCAGCAAGGAAAGGUUUUCUUCAGCCCCCUCACUCCGAGUGCAGUGGUUUAUACAGUUCCCAACUCGGGCCAGGCUGUAGGAUCUGUCAAGCAAGAAGGACUGGAAAGAAGCCUGGUGUUUUCUCAGCUGAUGCCAGUCAGUCAGAACACACAACUGAACGUCAGCAUGUCUUCUGAAAAUAUAUCCAGUGCAGGGCUGCAGUCCCUGGCCUCCUCCUUAGUGAAUGUAACGCCCUCACACAAUUUUUCCCUCACUCCACCAACUCUUUUAAAUGCUGCAGAACUGAGCUCUGGUAUCUCGGAGAGCCAGGCCAUGUCUUCACCCGUGACCAGUACCUCUACAGUGAUAUCUAUCAGCAACACUAACUAUGCAACCCUCCAGAACUGUCCCCUCAUCACCAGUCAGGAUCUCUUGUCCAUUUCCACAGCACAGCCCGUGCUUGGAGAAAUCGUUUCAGCCAGUGCAGACCGUGUCAGCCACCCCCCUGCACAAGUGCACCAGGAUUUUGGCAGAGAGCACAGGUUGGUUCUGCAAGCUGUACCUGAUGUCAAAGAGAAUUUCUUGCCUAAUUCUGAGAGCAAGUCAACUGGCAGUUUAAUGAUGCUGGAUUCCAAAUCUAAGUAUGUUAUGAGCAACAUGGUUGACACGGUAUGUGAAGAACUGGAAACGGACAAAAAAGAACUUGCCAAACUGCAGACAGUUCAGAUGGAUGAAGUUAUGCAAGACUUGUAG